AUCUCCACUAAAAAAUUGGUUGAAACUCAAAAAAAAAAAAAUGAAAAUCUUGUUUAGUGUAAAGCUUUGAUCCCUUAAAAAUUCGUUAUUGAUCGAAGCUAUUUCUUCUGUUAUUACUUUGUCUUUGGUUCAAAAUAAGUUGAAUUUGGUACUAUUCAUUUUUGGUUCUUGCUUGAUCAUUUUGGGAGAAAUCUAAUGGCAAAAAUGGUUCAAGAUUCCAUUAAACCUCAAGAUGUAUGCAUUGUGGGUGUUGCUCGAACGCCUAUGGGUGGUUUCCUUGGUUCUCUCUCGUCUUUGUCUGCUACAGAGCUUGGUUCUAUAGCAAUCCGAGCUGCUCUUAAGAGAGCAAAUGUAGAUCCAUCCCUUGUUCAAGAGGUCUUCUUUGGAAAUGUUCUCAGUGCAAACUUAGGUCAAGCCCCUGCUAGACAGGCUGCCUUAGGAGCUGGGAUACCUAAUUCAGUGAUUUGCACAACCAUUAACAAAGUGUGUUCUUCAGGACUUAAAGCAACAAUGAUCGCAGCACAGACUAUACAAUCAGGAACCAAUGAUAUCGUUGUGACUGGUGGCAUGGAAAGCAUGUCUAAUGUACCAAAAUACUUAGCUCAAGCAAGGAAGGGAUCUCGUCUAGGGCAUGAUACUGUAGUGGAUGGCAUGCUAAAAGAUGGACUCUGGGAUGUCUAUAAUGAUUUCGGCAUGGGCGUCUGUGCAGAACUAUGUGCUGAACAGUACAAAAUUACAAGAGAAGAGCAGGAUUUGUAUGCUAUUCAAAGCUUUGAGCGAGGAAUUGAUGCACAACGUAACGGUGCAUUUGCUUGGGAAAUAGUUCCGGUAGAAAUUUCUGGUGGAAGAGGAAGACCAUCUAGCAUUGUCGAUAAAGAUGAAGGCUUAAUAAAGUUUGAUGCCUCCAAACUAAGAAAGCUUAGACCAAGUUUCAAGGAGAAUGGUUCUGUAACUGCAGGCAAUGCUUCCAUUAUAAGUGAUGGCGCUGCAGCAUUAGUUCUGGUGAGUGGACAAAAGGCGCUUGAACUUGGAUUGCAAGUUAUUGGUAGGAUCAGAGGAUUUGCAGAUGCAGCUCAGGCACCUGAAUUAUUUCCAACAGCUCCAGCUCUUGCUAUACCAAAAGCAAUUAAGAAUUCUGGCCUCGAGUCAUCUCAAAUUGAAUAUUAUGAAAUAAAUGAAGCGUUCUCCGUUGUGGCUCUGGCCAACCAAAGACUGCUCAAUCUUAAUUCGGGAAAACUAAAUGCACACGGUGGAGCUGUGUCAUUGGGACAUCCUUUAGGGUGCAGUGGAGCUAGGAUUCUGGUUACUCUUUUAGGGGUACUGAAGCAAAAAAAUGGGAAGUUUGGUGUCGCUGGAGUCUGCAACGGGGGAGGAGGCGCAUCUGCUCUCGUAGUAGAGCUCAUGCCUGUACGGAUGGUGGCGCGUUCCUCACUUUGAUACUGGGAAAACUUCUUUGCAUUAUCCGCGCCAAUAGAAACAAGACGGCUAAAUCUUUUACUUUUAAGCAACGGUCUAAAGGUUCAGCUUGUAUACACUGACAGUAUAAACGUUUCAUAUAAUAUUAGUGUAUUUCAACUUCUUA